ACCAGUCUUUAGUUUGGCAUGCGUACUCAGAGACACCUGAUCGCGCUUUUCGCGGUUUUUAACUUUAUAGUGUAUGUACGUUGUCAGUAUUUAAAUAUCGUAUGUGAAGUAUCUCCUUUCUGUUUUCUCCUAGUGGUAUUACUGCAACCACUCUCGAGUACCCGGAAUUACGUGACUCUUAUCAGACAAAACAAAUUAUUUUUAUAUUGUCUCUUGAGAUAAAUGUUUCGUGUUUAUAUUGUUUGGUAAUGUCAACGUAAAAAUGAACUUUAUAGACGACUAUACAGGGGACAGGUAUGUCGAGUUUAAGGGACAAACUUUUGAUAUGGAUAAACUAAAAAUGGACCAGCAUUACUUCACAGUUAGUACUGAAAACCCGGAUAUUGAUAUUUCAAAGGUUUAUUUGUAUACUUUAAAUAAAGAAUGUGUGGAAUGUCCAUACCUAUUUAUCGAUAAGUCAGAAAAUAACAUCUCGGACACAAACAAAUUAUUUCGUUUAGCCACAGUUUAUAAAGAAUAUUUUCCACAAGAUGAAGUCAGCAACGUUAUUUGUGAUUUAAAUCCCAAAUUUGGGCAGUUUGGAGUUUACAGUAUCAAAGUGAAUGAUUAUAAUGCAUGUAGUAUCGAAGUUCUUAAAGAACCUGUCAAUAUUUAUACACCUAUUUUCACUGUCUUUCUCAUACAUUUGCUCGUUUUUGGUGGCAUCUAUGCACUCGUUUUGCUAUGGGAAAAAUGGAAAGGAACAGAAGAAAAUGAUGAUGGAGCAAACAAGUCUAAGAAAGAAAGAGUAAUGUCCAUAGAUGCUUUUAGAGGGAUAAGUAUAGUAAUUAUGAUCUUUGCCAAUUUUGGAAACGGAGGCUACGAAUUCAUACAUCACGCGAUUUGGAAUGGAUUGCAUGUAGCAGAUUUAGUGUUUCCAUGGUUUAUGUGGAUAAUGGGAGCGUGUAUUCCCAUAACUUUACUUUCCAGUUUUAAGAAGGGUAUUAACAAUAAAGAUCUGAUGUUAAAUGUAUUUAAGAGAUCGGUUAAGCUAUUCUUUCUAGGUAUAUUCUUAAAUUCAGGAAGCGACUUAUACUACAUAAGAAUAUUUGGAGUUCUCCAACGCUUUGGACUUUGCUACUUUAUCGUUACCACCAUUUGCAUCUUUACAAUGAACAGAGACUUUAGUUUGAGAUACGCCGAUUCUAUUUUGAGGUAUUUGGAAGACAUCUUCAAAGUUUGGAAAGCUUGGCUGGUGUGCCUGGUAAUCUUAGCCAUACAUACAAUACUCAUAUUUACUGUAGCAGCACCUGGAUGUCCUAUGGGCUACAUGGGUCCAGGAGGUUUACAUAAAAAUAGAUCUUAUGAAAGCUGCAUAGGUGGCGCAACUGGUUAUAUAGACAGACUCAUACUUGGUAAUCAUGUUUACCAGAGACCGACAAUCUAUAAUGUUUAUGAGGCUAAACCAUUUGAUCCUGAAGGAUUAGUUGGGUGCUUAACAACAAUUUUUCACGUAAUGUUGGGUGUCCAAGCAGGUGUAACCUUAUUGGUAUUUAAAAAACACUAUCAAAGAAUAAUCAGGUGGCUUAUAUGGUCAGUAGUUUUGGGAGUUAUAGGUGGAUUACUUUGCGGUUUUUCUAAAGAAAAUGGAAUUAUACCUGUCAAUAAAAAUUUAUGGUCUCUUUCCUUUGUAUGUGUUACAAGCUGUUUCGCAUUUUUCUUAUUAUCAGUCUGUUACUUUCUAAUCGACGUUCAAAAAUGGUGGUCUGGAAAACCUUUAACUUUUGCCGGAAUGAAUGCCAUAAUUCUUUAUAUUGGGCAUGAAAUGACAGAUAAUCAUUUUCCGGUCAGAUGGUACUUUUCUCAAGACCUUGAGGAUGACGGAAGAAGAAUUCAUUUCCUGGCGUUGCUGUCUGAUACGUGGGCAGCUGAUUUUUGGGUCAUUGUUAGCUAUUAUUUGUAUAAAAUUCAAUAUUUUUUUACUGUGUAACACUUUUUAAAUUAUUUUUAAAUAAAUUAAAGAUAGUAA